AUGUCAAAGGCAGCCUCACUAUUCCACCCCAAGAGGUUGAACCUCUCUGGUUUCGUCAACACCCGCGUCAUCCGUGACAACAACAAGCGCAUGGCCGUUGAGCAGCACGAACCCGAACGCCAAGCCCUCCGCUACAUGAUCCGCAAUACCUCGCUUCCAGGCCGUGUCCGCGCGCAGGCCCAGCUCCAACUUUCUCAGAUGCACUCCUACACUCGUCCGACACAGGUUAAGAACCGCUGUGUGGCAUCUGGCCACGUUCGAAGUGUGUUCCGGGACUUCAGAAUCAACCGAUUCCAAUUCCGUAUGCAGGCUCUUUCUGGUCAACUGCCUGGAGUCAAGAAGGCCAGUUGGUAA